AAUAGCGCCACCUAGAGAGUGGAGGAAAGAGCGGCGCGUCUGGCUGAGGAGAGAAAGGGAAAUGGCGGCCGGCGGCGGCUGUGCCUGAUCCGAGGGAGAGAAAGACAACGAGUGGCGCUGCCCCGGGGCAGCCGAUAGGAACAGGGCAGGGUGACAGGGCAGCGAGGCUGGGAACAUGGUGGGGACCCGGCGGAGCGCUCUGCUCAAAGGCUCAGACGAGAGGUUCAUCUCAUCCCGCACCCGCUCCAGCCAGAACCGGCCCCGGCCCGCCGGGAAGCCGGCAAAGAAGGAAACCUGCAGCGACGGUAGCCUGAGUGACAGUCAUUUGUCCCCUCCUGCCAAACGCCCCUGCAAACAUGCCGAACCUGUGUGUAAAGAGAGCCCCCAAACUCAUACCGCCAAACAGCGAGAGGGCUGGAGUAUUGCAACCAGGAAGUCAAGGUUAUCGUCUCAAACUGGUGCUACAUUACCAAACAGCCACAGUAGUUUAUCUCUUAGAAGUCACCCCCGACAUGCGGAGAAGGAGGGAAGUAAUGAUCUUUCCUGUAUUAAUGGAGGGGAAGUUCGAAGAAGCUGCAGGCCCAAGAGUAACAGAUUCGAGACCCUGAAUCAGAGCUUGCUGUUUGAUCAGCUUGUAAAUAGCACUGCUGAAGCUGUACUGCAGGAAAUGGACAACAUCAAUAUCAGGCGCAGCGGCAAAUCCAGGGAGGUCGAGAGGCUCAGGAUGUGGACAGAUACAGAAUUUGAAAACAUGGACAUGUAUUCGCGUGUUAAAAGGAGAAGAAAAAGCCUGCGUAGAAGUGGCUACCCAAUUAAAAACCACCACGAGGAAUCCACUGAAGGCGAGGAGGAGGUUUCAGAAGAGUCCCAGGAAGAAGGAGAAGAUGGAGAUGAAGAAGUCGAGGUUGAAGGAGAGGAAAACGACCGGCCAUAUAACUUGAGACAAAGGAAAACCGUGGAGCGAUACCAAGCGCCUCCUAUUGAACCAGCACAUCAAAGGAAGAGACAGAGCACUUUGUUCGAUACCCAUCGAUCUCCUGCACGAAGAAGCCAUAUCCGGAGAAAGAAGCAUGCAAUACACAGCAGCGACACAACCUCCUCGUCCGAUGAAGAGCGGUUUGAGAGGAGGAAGUCCAAGAGUAUGGCCAAAGCUAGGAACAGGUGCCUGCCAAUGAACCUUCGAGCGGAGGAUUUGGCUAGCGGAAUACUGCGCGAGCGUGUAAAGGUUGGAGCCAGCCUGGCUGAUGUUGAUCCAAUGAGCUUAGAUAGAUCAGUGCGCUUUGAUAGUGUGGGUGGACUCAGUGAACAUAUUUAUGCAUUAAAAGAAAUGGUUGUAUUCCCUCUUCUGUAUCCUGAGAUUUUUGAGAAAUUCCGAAUACAACCACCAAGGGGUUGCUUGUUCUACGGCCCCCCCGGCACAGGCAAAACGCUGGUUGCACGAGCUCUUGCCAAUGAAUGCAGCCAAGGCGACAAGAAGGUUUCUUUCUUUAUGCGCAAAGGGGCCGACUGCCUGAGCAAAUGGGUUGGGGAGUCCGAGCGACAGCUGCGGCUCUUGUUCGACCAAGCCUAUGUGAUGAGGCCAUCUAUCAUAUUCUUUGAUGAAAUAGAUGGGUUGGCUCCAGUCCGUUCCAGCAGACAGGAUCAGAUACACAGCUCUAUAGUGUCUACUCUACUUGCACUUAUGGACGGACUGGACAACAGAGGUGAAAUUGUCGUUAUUGGUGCUACUAACAGACUUGAUUCAAUAGAUCCCGCACUCAGGAGACCUGGUCGAUUCGACAGGGAGUUUCUUUUCAGUUUACCUGAUCAGAAGGCAAGAAAGCACAUUUUGCAGAUACACACGAGGGACUGGAACCCCAAACUGUCUGAUUCGUUCCUAGAGGAACUAGCUGAAAAAUGCGUUGGCUAUUGUGGAGCUGACAUUAAAGCACUUUGCACUGAGGCUGCCUUGAUCGCCCUUCGCCGGCGCUACCCACAGAUUUAUGCCAGCAGCCAGAAGCUACAACUGGACAUUUCUUCAGUUGUUCUCGGUGCCCACGAUUUUUACCAUGCAAUGAAAAACAUUGUGCCUGCUUCUCAACGCGCUGUGAUGUCUCCUGGGCACUCCCUUUCUCCGGUUAUAAGGCCACUGUUAGAAAGGACAUUUUCCGACAUACUGCGCGUCUUGCACAAAGUGUUCCCACAUGCCGAGUUCAGCCAAAACAACAAGAAAGAUGAUGCUGCAAGCCUCCUGCUAGACGAUUGUGAAGAUGAGAACACUUUAUCAAUAUUUGAUGUGAGUUGUGCCUCAGGAUCACCAAAGAAACAGCCAGCUGCUCUCCACAAACCCUUCCUCCACUUUACCAUGUCAGCUUGUUACCAGCCGACUUCCUAUCGGCCCAGGCUUCUGCUGUCCGGCGAGCCCGGCUCAGGUCAAACCUCGCACCUUGCUCCAGCUGUGCUGCACACUCUUGAAAAGUUUUCUGUGCACAGAUUGGAUCUGCCGACACUUUAUUCUGUCAGUGCUAAAACUCCUGAGGAGUCCUGCGCACAGGUGUUCCGGGAAGCCCGGAGGACGGUGCCCAGCAUUGUUUACAUGCCCCAUAUCGGCGAUUGGUGGGACGCAGUCAGCGAUACUGUGAGAGCUACUUUCUUGACGCUCCUACAAGAUAUACCAUCUUUCUCUCCAAUCUUUCUACUGUCUACCUCUGAAACUUUGUACAGUGAACUGCCAGAGGAGGUGAGGUGCAUAUUCCGAAUUCAGUAUGAAGAGGUAUUUAUUAUUCACAGACCAAACCAGGAAGACCGGACGAAAUUUUUUCAGGACAUCAUACUCAAUCAGGCAGCCUUACCUCCUCCGCGGAACAAGAAAGCUGCACUGCGAGCUUUGGAAGUUCUGCCCCUUGCGUUGCCACCACAAAUCCAACAGCUGUCUGAGGCGGAAAAGCAAAGGAUGGAGGAUCACGAGGAGAACACGUUGCGGGAGUUGCGGUUGUUCCUCAGGGACGUCACCAAGCGGCUGGCCACCGACAAGCGCUUUAGCAUCUUCAGCAAACCGGUGGAUAUUGAAGAGGUUUCCGACUACCUUGAAGUCAUCAGAAAGCCCAUGGAUCUUUCCACUAUAAUGAUGAAAAUCGACAAACACCGUUACCUGACGGCCCUGGAUUUCCUGCAGGACAUUGACCUUAUCUGCAGCAAUGCCUUGGAAUACAAUCCCGACAAAGAGCCGGGAGAUAAGAUCAUCCGGCACCGUGCCUGCACCCUGAAGGACACCGCGCACGCCAUCAUUGCUGCUGAACUGGAUCCUGAGUUUAACAAACACUGUGAAGAAAUCAAGGAAACCAGAACAAAGCGGGGUCUUUUGGCAAGUACAGAGCAAUUACAUUCUCCCAGUUCUGCCGCUCGCAAGGCCGAAGCGGGAGCAGAGGAAGGAUUUCAGAGCAAACACGGGACGGCGUUAGAUGCUGGAAGCCACUCCGGAACCAAAUGUGCAUUUACUCUCAAGAGAAAGCCAAAGCGCCGGCCGCAGUGGGGGCGGGGCAUUAUUAAGAAGAAGAAGUCCAGCUGCUGUUUGAAGAAAGAAUUUGACGAUGCCAAGUUCAAUGACUAUGAAAAUCAUGAGGAUGGACUGGAGAAUGGGGAUCUGGAGAACAGCACAGACUGCCUGGAAGAGAAUGGAGAAGAAACUGGAGACCUUUCGGUAACCAAUGAUGAGUCCUCCUGUGACAUAAUGGACGGGGAGGCCGUGCACCCAAAUGGCACCCUAGGAAAAGAAAGUAGCAUGGCGUCCACGGAGGAGGAAAGCUCAAACGAGUCACUGGUAGUAAUCCAGAGCAAUCCAGCUCUAAAAGAGGAAACUGCGCCCACCAAGAAUCCAUCGUUUCCUCCGGACUGUUUAAAUGGCGACGCUUCUAUAGACAGCUUGGAAAGUGUCCAAACACCAGAACUGCAAAACGGCAAGGGGAUAGUCAGCUCCCUCCUGGCCGAUGAUGAACAGAAACACAACUCUGACUUUUCUGCUCAACAGGAAAACCCUGUUGUUAAUUGUAACAAUUCAGCAAUAUUGGAUGUUGGAGAAACACAACAGCAACAGGACACGCUCUCUGGGUCUGUACAGACUGAUGAACAGGGGAGGAGACCAGGGAGUGCAGACAUGGAGGAUGGCCAAGAAGCCGCUGAAUCAGUCAGAACAGCACAAAGGGAGCCGGUAGCAGAGGAGCAGCCAGACCCUGAGCCCCCCCUGCUGGUGGAUCACGAGAGACUUAAGAAUCUUCUUCAUGUAUUGGUGAAAAAAAGCCACAAUUCAACGGUGGAUCAGCUUGAAAGGUGGUAUUCCCUUCUCAGCCAGUGUAUCUACCUGCACAGGAAGGAGUACGACAAAACAAAACUGGUCGAGGACUUGGAGCAAACAGUUCAAAUGUUUGAAACAUUCCUGUGAAAGCUGCCAAAGCAGCCGGGUUCAUCUUCUAACUGCUCAAUGGAGACCCAGCCCUCUGAGCUAUCAGAUAUUUAUUGUCAGUGGCACCAAGCUGGCCUCUGAGCCUCGUUCUCCAUCGUCUUGACCUCUCCCCAACCCAACUGUGUUUUCGUUUUUUUUGUUUUUGUUAAGAAAAGACUAAAAAGAUUGGUGCUAUUGUCUCAGGUACCUGAUGCCAACCAGCCUACUAGAACCAAACAGAACUCCCCCCUCGUCACGGACAACCCCCCCACUAUCCCACAGCUUGAAGAUUAGCGGUGCUAACGUGGGGUGGUUCGGAAAAAAGAAAAACCCUGCUCUGUUUCUCCUGUGGCACCACCUAAACCUUCAGAAAAAAAGGCUCACUUAUUGGAGGAGAGACACAACAAAACUGGAUCACGGAAAUUGUAUUUGUUUUUUUUUCCCUACUUCCCAUUCAGCCUCCAUUUUAGUCGCCUGCUGUGUAGCCCACAGAAUGGGACGCCGUGCGUGGCACAAUAUUGUUACUGGUUGAACACUCCCCUCCCAUGGCUGCCCUAUUUGUGCCUUUUUCUUUUUUUAAACCUAACCUAGUAUAUUGAAUGGGUUUGUAUUGUUUGAGGGUAGCCUGGAAAGGGGGUAUCUUUGUUGCCACAAAAGUUCUCUGCCUGGUGGAACAAUCAGACUGUGGGGUAUGGAACGGGUACUGGGUUUUGUUUUGUUUUUUUUGCAUUAUUGGUUACGAGGGUCCCCUUCCUACAUGUGCUACAGUGUCCUGUAUGAGCUGAAUAGCAAGCAAACAUGUCUCCUGUUUAGGUUCAUAUCAAUUAGGUUAGAAGCGUCUGUAAAACCAUUAUGUGUAUUUAACCUUCUAUUUAUGUUGAUCCGAGUAUGCACUCUUAUCAGUGGUGCUCUGCAUUUAUUCCAUUUUCGGCACAAUUUCCUACCACGGCGGCCAUGUUUCUUUCCUUGCGAGGUGUCGUGUAUGUAAUGUAUCUGUCCAGUCACUGUCUCCUGUACCCUCCCAAUAUACUGAGCAGUAUUCAGAAAGUUACAAGCUCCCUUCCCUUUCAGUAUAACUGUUACUGUGUGUAUUUACCCCAUGGCGUUGUGCACACUCCUUGGCUAAUGUCAUUGGCUCGUACAUCACUAGUGACCGCGGGCAGGACUCCUCCCAAAGCCGAAGAGUUGUCGUUUUUGAAUAAUGUGACUUUUUUUGUUUGUUUGUUUGUGCUGGAACCCUACUAAUUGGCAUUCUAACUGCUCAGGGGUUGCAACCUCUGUUGACCCUAGCAACCAGGCAGAAACUCGAGUGAUGUCCUAUUGGAGAAAAGAACGGAAAAUAAACGACAGUAUCUUUCCCUGCACGGUAGGAAAGGCUGAUUUUAGAUGAAUUUUUAUAGAUGGUGAUAAACCGCACCCCUAUUGGUCAGUGUAGCCCUACUGGAAAGCCAAUGGCGGGAACAGGCGGUCCAACUGGAAACUGCCUCCCAUCUGUGCCGCCAAACACUAUGUGGCCUAUAGGAGGCGCUGCAUUACAUUUGUAUAUUGGGUUCAAUAGGCCUGGGAAGCACCCCCUUCCCCCAAUGCAUUAAAUGGAGUCUAGAGACUGAGAUGACUUUCUAUUUUCCCUAUGAGAUUGUCGGCUGGUUGACUAAACCCCCCGCAUUGACCACUUUCUUUUGUACUUGGAAAAAAAAUGUAUUAAAAUUUUUCAGAAUUAAAAAAAAUAAAGAAAAUUAAGAAAAAAAAAAAAACCUAGAUUAUAUUUUGAGGGUAUUUCCCGGCAUGAUGGGUUUUUUUGGAAACCUCAGGUUUUUUGCUGCAUUUUUAAAAAAACAAAACAAAAAACAAACAAACUAUUUAUUCCCGUUUCAUGUGUUUAAGGUUCCGCUCGGGCGUCGCGGGAUACUUUAUAAGGUCACUGACUUUGUAUGGAGAUUUUUUUUAGCUGUUGGUCGCGGCCUCGAGACCCUGAAGAAGGGGAGGGGCCGGCUUUGUUAAAUAAAGGGUUAAAAAAAGACAAAAAAAAAAUAGUGUGUUUUUAAGGGCGUUGUGAUUGGAUUGAGCUGCUGUUUCUGUCAGUCUGGAACAUAAACCAAGUGUCAAAUGUGAGCACAAUGGAUACGACCUGGGGGCGGGGCUUGAAACAAUGUAUAUAAAGUCAUUGGUUCCUUUGCUCGCUUAAAGGGUAAGCUAACCCUGUCCUUCUGAUUCAUCCCGUACAAUGUUCUUAUUCUUGGGAUGCUGAACCGGCGGCCAAUCUGUAGCUGUGACUUGGUGCUCCCAGAAUCCCCCCUGCCGCCUAUGGAGGGGGCGGGUAGUAGUCGCAACGGCUGAUUGGCUGUGCAGCUGCAUCUUUUGUUUGUGUUUGUUUGUUUUACACCAUCAAGCUGCUUCUAAAUCCCCCUUUACCCUCAGUGGAAAUGUUUUCUUGCCUCUUUCUUGUUCUUCUAUAAAUAUUCCGCUUCAGCAAACAUAUAUAUAUAUGUACAGAUAUUUCCGUAUGAAUAGCCGGCUGUGAGACGCGCUCCUACUGUGCCGCUUUACAUCCUUCCUUUUUCCAUUUUGCUUUCUGAUGGGAAAUGUAAACAUCCCUCGGCCCUUUCUCCCCGCGCAACGGCUCAGCCGACCGGAACAUUUCACCGUAGCCAAAUAUCCAUAAAGGUGAGUUAUUAUACAGGAGCCCCCACGCCAACCCGCAGCAUGGCACCGACUACUGGGCUUUCAGUCUCUAUAAGCACCGGGGAUUGGCUCCAAAAUGGCAGCACCGAUUGUGGGCAACUCCAUUCCCAGGGAGCCGGAGCAGAUAGAGGGUCGCUCGGAAUUCUUUUCUACUUCUAGUCAGUCUGGUUUCGCCAGGGAAUGUUAUUGUGUUGCACUCGUGUGCGUUUCCUCGUUGUACAGGAACCCAAGCCUGUGUAAGUGUGCUGGUUCUUGUGCGUUCUACUGCACCCUAAUGCAUGUGCUAAUUGGUCUGCCAAUCUGGGUCUGUACCCCCAGUGAGACUGCCCCCCAUAGACUUGUUUUGAAAUCAAGAACAUUGUACCAAUCACAUACACACAAACAGGCACAAGCUUGUCGGCGAUUUCGGUGCAAGGCUAUUGGGGCGGCCAUUUUAAGGAGUGUUAUUAGGUAUACAAAGUCUGCCAUUAGUCUUACAGGCCAUGGCUUAGGCAUUUAUAAACACUCAGAGCAUUAUGGGGGCAUUAUAUUCCUGCCCUCUUGUUGCCCAGUAUUCAAUUGGUGAAUCUUGUUCUAAAUACCAUGCAUCUCUGUUUGAGCUGUUCUCUCAAUGCCUACGUGGAAGGGUUACCUUCUGGUUUGCCUAGAUUAGGGCUGUCCAACUGGAGGCCUACGGGCUGGAUGUGGCCCUGCAAAGGACUAUUAUGGGCCCCCAGUCUGCCUAGAGGCUCCAUAGACUUCACUAUAAGACACCAUCAAUCCGGCUCUCUGACUCUCUGUACGGCAUGUAACUGGCCCACUCUAAUUUAGGUUUAGGAAAUGGACUGGGGGGAACCUUUGUCUUUCUCCCUUUAGAAACCUGCCCAGGCCUGGGUCAGAACCAUGGCACAGGGGUAUCCUGUGUGCAAGUGGAUCAGUGCCAUGUAGCACUUUAUGUCUCCGGGUUGGCCCACCAUCGCCCCAUCCAAUGCUACCGCGCCAUGCUCCCCGGGUGUUUGGGGGUGAAAGAUGGCUUUUUAAUGCAUUUUUAAAUAUUAAAUUCAUUUUGCUGAAGUUAUUAAAUAUGUUUUUCUCUCCGUCUUGCCAUUAGCGGCAAAGAUUCAGUGUUUCCGGCAAUUGGGGAUCAGAACUUCCCAGCAUGCCCUAGCUAGCAGCGCUGAUUUGGGACAUUGCUGUGUUCGUUACAUGAAUUGCAAUGGGUAUACAGUGGGCUGUGUCCUUUUAAUGUCCGAAUGCCCCUCCUCCCUUUCCUUUGUGUCGUUACUUGAGUUUCUCCCGUGUUUUUAGCUGAACUGUGUUUGUCUCUAUUUAUGUGUCUCCCCCCCCCCCCUACACUCGCUGUGGCUGUUCUCUUGGCACCUUGGAUGCUUGGCUCAGGAGCUUACCAUCCUUCUGUUGUGAUCACAAUAAGCUUGAAUUUGUUGGGGUUAUUCCUAAAUCUUUUUUUGUACUUUUUUUCCCCUCUUUGAGAUUUUUUUAAGCUCAUCUAUGAACUCGAGACAUCUCCGACGCACCCUGUAUAUUUGUUCAGUAGGGUUCUCUUGGUUUCCCUAUCGCUAGUAUUCCCAUGGUUUUCUUUUUGUUACCCCCCCUUCCCCUUUAUUUUGCUUUUGCAAUUUAUUCAUUACAAUUAAAGUAAGUUAUUUAAAAAUUUUUGACAUUGAAUUUUUUGGAAAAAUUACUGUAAUUUGUAAUAUAACUGCUGUGACAUACUUGAAUAAAGAUAAGAUGGGAAAAAAA